CAUGCCGACGUCAAGAAAUCUACACAGAAAGCUCUGGACCCAAAGAAGGACGUCCUGACCCGCCUCAAGCACCUCAAAGCGCUGCUGGAUAUUGCAGAUGGAAGUGACCUGAAGCAAUUUUUUGAGAUCAAUUAUUCUCAAAUUUAUUUUAUCUUCUAUGAAAACUUCAUAACACUGGAAAAUAGCUUGAAACAAAAAGGGAAUAAAUCACAAAGGGAAGAACUGGACUCCAUUCUGUUUCUUUUUGAAAAAAUAUUACAGCUGCUACCAGAGAGGAUAUUUUAUCGAUGGCAUUUCCACAGUAUUGGGUCAGUUUUGAAGAAGCUUUUGCAUACUGGAAACUGUAUUAAGAUAAGAUGUGAAGGAAUCCGUCUAUUUCUUCUUUGGCUGCAAGCACUUCAGACAAACUGCUCAGAGGAGCAAGUGUUGAUUUUUGCAUGCCUAGUGCCUGGUUUUCCAGUGAUCAUGUCAUCAAGAGGUCCUUGUACACUGGAUACACUCAUUAGCCCUCCUUUUACUUUGCUUGAUGCAAAGAUUUAUCCUGAAGAAAUAGCUCCACUUCUACCUACGGUCUCUGGUGAAAAGGUUGCUGAGGAUCAAACCUGCUAUUUCCUCCAGAUAUUGUUAAAGUAUAUGGUAACCCAGGCUGCAAGUUUAGAGUGGAAGAAUAAGGAGAACCAAGACACUGGUUUUAAGUUUCUCUUUGCCUUGUUUAGAAAGUAUUAUCUUCCUCACUUAUUUCCAUCUUUUACAAAACUAACCAACCUCUACAAGCCUGUGCUUGAUAUUCCUGACUUGAGGCCAAAACCAGCAUACAUUACUGCAAUUCGAAAUAAUGAAAACAUCUACAGCACAAAAAUCCCGUUCAUGGCUGCUCGUGUUGUUUUUAUUAAAUGGCUUGUAACCUUCUUUCUUGAAAAGAAGUACUUAACUUCAGUGCAAAAUACUAAAAAUGGAGGAGACAUGCUACCUAAAAUUAUUCAGACUGGUGGUACAUCGCAGGAUAAAAACCCUGAGUUGGAAACUAGUGUGCUACCAGAGCAAGAGAAAAAUCAUUCCAAUAGCAGCACUUUGUCUGAUAGGAGAUUCAGUAACUCUAGCCUUUGCAGCAUUGAAGAGCAACAUCGGACAGUGUAUGAGAUGGUACAGAGAAUUCUGUUAUCCACUCGAGGUUAUGUCAACUUUGUUAAUGAAGUAUUUCACCAAGCUUUUUUGUUGCCUUCCUCUGAUAUAUCUGCAACACGAAAAGUGAUUAAGGUAUAUAGAAAGUGGAUAUUGCAAGACAAGCCUGUGUUCAUGGAAGAACCAGAUAAACCAAACAAUCAAGAUGAUGUGUCCAAUUUGGAACAUACAGAGACAGAUUGCAAACAUCUUGCCUCUGGUCAUUCGGGACAUAAAAGAUCUUCCAGUUGGGGAAGAACUUAUUCCUUCUCUAAUGCUGUUAGCAGAGGAUGUAUACUAGAAGAUGAAGACAAGAAUGUUAAGGCUGGUGCUCAGGCUGCAUUACAGGUGUUUUUAACAAACUCUGCAAAUGUGUUUUUAUUGGAACCAUGUACUGAAGUCCCUGCACUUCUGAAAGAGCAAGUUGAUGCUUGCAAAGCCGUUUUGAGUAUAUUUAGGCGCAUGAUAAUGGAACUUUCAAUGAAUAAAAAGACAUGGGAACAGAUGUUACAAAUACUCCUGCGAAUAACAGAAGCUGUCAUGCAGAAGCCAAAGGAAAACCAAAUAAAGGACAUGUUUGCUCAAAGCUUGGCAGGUUUGCUUUUCAGGACUCUUAUUGUGGCUUGGAUCCGAGCAAAUCUGAGUGUGUACAUUUCUCGAGAACUUUGGGAUGAACUGCUCAGCGUACUAUCUUCCCUUACUGACUGGGAGGAACUGAUAACUGAAUGGGCCAACAUCAUGGAUUCUCUAACAGCAGUGUUAGCAAGAACGGUGUAUGGGGUUGAAAUGACUAAUUUACCACUGGAUAAAUUAAGUGAGCAAAAGGAAAAAAAACAAAGAGGCAAAGGUGGAGUUUCAGAUCCUCAGAAGGCAACUACAGUGGGACGAUCAUUUUCAUUAAGCUGGAGAAGUCAUCCUGAAGUUGUGGAACCAAUGAGAUUCAGGAGUGCUACUACUUCUGGAGCACCAGGAGUCGAGAAAGCAAGAAACAUAGUCCGACAAAGAGCAACAGCUAAGCGAAGCCAGUCUAUCAGCAACUGUGUGCAUCUUUAUGAGGCUUUGCCAGCCACUAAAAGUGUACCUCUUCUGCUUCACACUGUGAGCUCUCUUUUACCUGGUAUCUCUUACACUUCUUGCUCUCACAGACUUUCAGAUGUUGAAGAAGCUCAGCAAUCAGAAAAUACAACAGGAGCAGAAUCUCUUGGCCCCUUUGCAGACCAGGAGCAUCAACUAACCCGAAGCAGUAGCACUUCAGAUGUUACAGACCAAUUUAGUUCUGAUUUUUUUCAAGGUAACUUUUGUGACAUACAGUACCUAUAAUGUGUUGAGCUACCUUUGAUAAAUUACAU